GUUAAAAUAAAUGAAUUCACUAACUAAACGUUACUACUGUCAUAGCUGCAAGGCUGAGUUUAGAGAAGAACAAGGAGAAGAGGUUAGAUGCAGCCGCUGCUCUAGCAUCUUCUGUGAAGAAGCAGACCAGGAUUACUCAGAGGAAUCUGAGUGUAAAGAUCGAGAUGAAAUCGAAGCUGAAAGAUCCAAUCCCUACUCUCAGGGCAAGAGCUUUAACCUUGAAGAUGUAAUACAAGCUCAACCAGAUGGAAAUACUCAAAGAGUGAUUAGGAUAGAGAAUAAUAUGGGAACCGUUACUUUAGAUGGAAUGUUCAAUGGUCUUGCAGACAUGCUGGGAGGGGUUCUAGGCAACCAACUUGCUGAGCAAGUGGCUCAAAGAUCUAUGGAUAAUGUCGUUGAGCAAAUUAUGCAUAGCGAUCCUAAUCAAGAUGGAGCUCAGCCAGCAUCGAAGAAAUCUAUUGACUCACUAUCCAAAGGAAAUUAUGAGACCUUAUCAACUAAUAUUGAAUGACAGGAUCUCAAGUUAGUAAGUAAAGAGGGAAAGAGGAUAUACUUAGAAGAAGCAAAAAAUAAUUGAAACAGUAACGAUUGAAGUGUAUGCAAAGAAAAGUUUGAUCCAGUUGAUUCUGAACUUACCAGAAUGCCAUGCAUGCAUAUCUUCCACAAUGCCUGAAUUUUACCAUGGCUCGAAAAACAUAACUCAUGCCCUACCUGCAGAUUCGAACUCCCAACAUACGACGAAGACUACCAACCCUCCAAAAAUUCCAACCCCACACCUCCCUCUACUGGUGAAACAAUCAUCCAAGACGGUUCUCCAACCGGCGAGAGCAACUCCCCUCCAGCUCCAGCCAUCAUCAGCACCCACUCAUUCAACAUCACCCACUCAUCCUAACUCUGAUUCAAUAUUCCCCACACAAAAA